AUGACCCAUGCCAUGCCAUGCACUUCUCCUAGCUCCCCAACAACUACACGAAUGUCACGCCGAACACAACCCCCACCACCCAACCCCCCCGUCGCCGACGACAGGCUCCCUUUCUUCGACCAAUCCAUGGAGCUGGUUCAACACCCCUAUCCAUCCAGAAACAUAACCAAAACCAAUCUCUCUCCCACCCUCGGCGAGCUCCUCAAACGCGUGGAAGAUGCUCAAAACGACAACUCCGACGACAAAACUGUUGUUGCACCCCACCAUGUUCUCGACCUCUCCUCUUCCUCCACCUCCUCUCACCCUUUUGUUCUUUCCUUCAACAACUUAACUUACAGCGUCAGGCUCCGCAGCAAGAUGACCCUCUCUCCCUGCUUUUCCUCUACCAACGCCACCAACCCGAACUCCCCGGCGGCAAACGAGGAGGCCGAAACCAAAACCAACGACACCAAGAUUCUUCUCAACGAUAUCUCCGGCGAGGCCAGGGACGGCGAGAUCAUGGCCGUUCUGGGAGCCAGCGGCUCAGGCAAGUCGACGCUGAUCGACGCGCUCGCGUACCGGAUUUCGAAGGAGAGCCUCAAAGGGACCAUGACCUUAAACGGCGACGUUGUGGAAUCGAGUCUCCUGAAGGUGAUAUCAGCUUACGUCAUGCAAGACGAUCUCCUCUUCCCCAUGCUCACCGUAGAGGAAACCCUCAUGUUCUCCGCCGAGUUCAGGCUCCCUCGUUCACUCUCCAAAUCCAAGAAGAAGGCUCGAGUCCAAGCCCUCAUCGACCAGCUCGGCCUCCGCAACGCCGCGAAAACUGUCAUCGGCGACGAAGGUCACCGCGGCGUCUCCGGCGGAGAACGCCGCCGCGUCUCGAUCGGAAUCGACAUCAUCCACGACCCGAUCGUGUUGUUCCUGGACGAACCAACCUCCGGGCUGGACUCCACCAGCGCCUUCAUGGUGGUGAAGGUGCUGCAGCGAAUAGCUCAGAGCGGUAGCAUCGUGAUCAUGUCCAUACACCAACCCAGCUACAGAAUCCUCGGCUUACUGGACCGCUUGAUCUUCCUCUCCCACGGCCAAACCGUCUUCAGCGGCUCUCCGGCGACAGUCCCCGUCUUCUUCUCGGAGUUCGGACACCCCAUACCGGAAAACGAGAACCGAACAGAAUUCGCAUUAGACCUAAUCCGCCAGCUGGAAGAAUCACCCGACGGGACCAAAAGCCUAGUCGAGUUCAACAAGUCAUGGCAGUUGAAAAACAAACCCUCUUCUCAAAAAACCACCAACGGCUCAAAGCUCUCACUGAAAGACGCCAUCAGCGCAAGCAUUUCAAGGGGGAAAUUAGUGUCCGGCGCUAACAAUAACAACAAAGACUCAACGACGUCGUCGUCAGUUCCCACCUUCGCCAAUCCUUUUUGGAUCGAAAUGGCGGUUAUAGCAAAACGGUCUCUAACUAACUCAAGGAGAAUGCCCGAAUUAUUCGGAAUCCGUUUGGGUGCAGUUAUGGUAACCGGAGGGAUCCUGGCCACUAUCUUUUUUCACCUUGAUGAUUCCCCCAAAGGUGUUCAAGAACGUUUAGGGUUCUUCGCUUUUGCCAUGUCAACAACCUUCUACACGUGUGCAGAAGCCAUCCCUGUCUUCCUCCAAGAGCGAUACAUCUUCAUGAGAGAAACCGCUUACAAUGCCUAUCGUCGCUCUUCCUAUGUUCUCGCACACUCCAUCAUCUCUCUCCCUUCACUCAUCUUCCUCUCCCUCGCCUUCGCCGCCACCACCUUCUGGGCGGUGGGGCUCGCCGGCGGAACUUCCGGCUUCCUGUUCUACUUCUUCACCAUCGUAGCUUCCUUCUGGGCGGGUAGCUCCUUCGUGACGUUCCUCUCUGGGGUCGUGUCUCACGUGAUGCUUGGUUUCACGGUGGUGGUUGCUAUCUUGGCUUACUUUCUCCUCUUCAGUGGGUUCUUCAUAAGCAGAGACAGGAUCCCUCCUUAUUGGAUAUGGUUUCACUACCUUUCGUUGGUGAAGUACCCUUACGAGGGGGUUUUGCAGAACGAGUUCGAUGUUCGGCCUCCGAGGUGUUUCGUGAGGGGGAUUCAGAUGUUUGACAACACACCGUUGGUGGAUGUGCCGGCGGAGCUGAAGGUGGAGUUGCUGAAGAGCAUGAGCAGCACGUUGGGGAUUAACAUCACGAGCUCCACGUGCGUCGUCACGGGAGUGGAUAUACUGAGGCAACAGGGGGUCACGCAGCUCAGCAAAUGGAACUGCUUGUUGAUCACCAUUGCUUGGGGCUUCUUCUUUCGCUUCCUCUUUUAUUUAACCUUGCACUUUGGGAGCAAGAACAAGAGGCGGUAGCAAGAUUUCUCUAUCCUUC